UAUUACAAUAAAUGGUGUUGCAAAGUGCGACAUUUCUAUUAAAUAACGGUAGUCAUCAUAUACCACCAAGACAAUGAUUAUUGAUCACUUGUAUGAAGGUCUUCUUCGAAAAUUGACUGCACAAGGUAAAAUAAAAGAUAUUUCAAAUAAAUUGUUAUCUUUGCAAAGCAAUGAUGAACGGGUACUAUAUGUCUACGAAUUAGUAAAGGAUUUAAAUUGUUUUCCCGUACUUAACAAUGUGAAAAAAUCAGACAAUGUGUCUACAUAUUACCGUAACCAAGGAAACAAAUGUUUCCAGUUACAUGAGAAUUUGAAAGCAUGGCAAUUUUAUAAUUUGGCCUUACUAUAUGCUCCUUUCAACUCCAAUAACUACUGCUAUGCUUUAUCAAAUAGAUCAAUUAUAUUUUUGGAAUUAAAGAAGUUUGAGGAAUGUUUGGUUGAUAUAGAUAAAGUACUUGCUCUGGAUUACCCUAAGGAACUACAAGAAAAAUUAUUGAAAAGAAAAGAAAUAUGUGAUGAAAAAUUACUUAAAAAUACUUUUAAAAAUGCAGAGAAAUUAGAUUUAAGUGAGAUUUUAGCUAUGAAAAGUACAAAAGAUUCUAGAUACUUGUGUGCAAGUACAAAGUUAGAGGUGCUAUUUACUGAACAGUUUGGGCGCCAGGUGAUUGCCAAAGAAGAUAUAAAUGUGGGUGAAGUACUUGUUGAAGAGGAACCAUACCUCACUGUGCAGCUAAAAUCACAGUUCAUUUUAAGUUGCAGCUAUUGUCUUUCAAGACAAAUAAACUUGUAUCCAUGUGAUAAUUGUUGUUAUGCUCUCUAUUGUAGCACUGAGUGCAAGAAUAAGGCUUUUAAAGAAUAUCAUGCUGUUGAGUGUCAAUUAAUGGCAACACUGUACAAUAUGGACUUUACAAAAUUGGAAUUACUAGCACUUAGAACCGUGAUAAAGUCACGAAAUGACCACAACAAUUGGGCUGAUCUAUUUAAAACAAUCAGCGAUGCAGAGGCAAAUAUGAACAAUGAAUUUCGUGGGCAUGUUCAAGUAAAUGGCAAAUGGAUAUUUGAUUCCAAACAUUAUGCUACAAUACACACUUUAGAAAGCAACAUUGAUAAACGGUCUGUAUCUGAUAUAUUUCAGAAAUCUGUUACGGGUGCUGUAUUUUUAAAAUUUUUGAAGGAAGAUACUAACUUUCUUCAAUUAGAAGAUAUAAAAUUAUAUGAGACUGUAGUAAAGACUGUUGCUGGACUGUUACUGCUUCAUUUAAUGACAAGUCCUACUAAUAUGCAUGGUAUCACCUCAACUAUGGAGACAAAUGGUGUCUAUGUAAAAGAGGUGAAUUUGGCAAGUGCACCUUAUGGAUAUCAUAGCCUUUUGAAUCAUUCUUGUUCCCCAAAUGUUGUAAGAUAUAACAAAAUAGGUUCUGGUAGAAUGUCCCUAAUGGUAUUACGUCCCAUCAAGAAAGGAAUGCAACUAUUUGAUAACUAUGGAGCCCACCACGCCUUAGAGCAGAGGGACGCACGUCGGGCAAAUCUUAAAUUUCAAUACAAAUUUGACUGCAUUUGUGAAGCAUGCGUUAACAACUGGCCAACAUACUUAAGUAUAGGGCCAUCUAUACAUGUUCCUGCAAAGUUGAUAAGUAUUAAAAACAAAUUAAUAAGUAAAUGUGUUAUAGGAGAUUUAGAAAGAGGUAAUAUAGCGACUGCACAAAAAGUUUUUAAAACAUUAUGUAGUUUGUGCCAAAAUUUUGAGCCUUACGCACCAUGUGUGGAAUUGUUAGAUUGUCAAGAAGCAUUGAAACAGUGUUUAGCUAUUUUCUCUGGUCUACUGCCAGAUGGUAAUGAAAUAUUAAUACCAUGGACAGCUAUCCCUCCAGAAUUUUCGAUUUAGAUUUUUUUUGAAUAUUUAAAAGUCUUCCAGUAUCUUAACAGUCUCGAAGUGUGUCUUAUAAACUUGCAGCACAAACUUAUUUGCGUUAAUGUGACAGAUAUUUAAAAAUAAAACUCGCUCAUUAUUCAAAAAUGAUUUUAAUAUCGAAUUUACAUCGUUUUCUGUGUUAAGAGGCUUAAAAUUAUCUCACAAUUUUUAUAAAAUACGCCGCACAUUUUUAUUUUUUAUAACAUACAAGUUGUAUAGAGAUAGAAUACAUGUUCUUUCUCUGUCGUACCUAUAAUUCGUGUGUAUGUCGUCUCACUCUAAAGUGCCCACAACAUUUUUUUUAGUUUUUUUCUGUCUUAGUUGAUCUAUAAUCUAUAUUGAAUCAAAACACAAAGAAUUUCAAAUUGAUCUUUAUUUGGUAUUAUA